AUGACGGUAGCCCCCAAAACACUGUCGAAAGCGGUCGACGAUGCAACAGCCAACAACUCAAACCCGACGUGUGCUCAAGCAAAGCGUCAAAGUCAGUUUCAUAUUCUCCGUGGACGUAUGGUCACAUCGUUGACAGAACGUGCUUCAUCAACCGUCAAGAACACGCUAGGACAAUUGACGGCUGAUAACGCAAACAUCGAGCUCAGCGCUUUCUUUCAUACCAUCGAGCAUCCGGCCAAAGAAUCCGAUUUCUUUGGCGCAACCAGAGAUCUCUUUCCAGAUGAGAGAUUGUCCGGUCAGCAUUGUAACAACGAAUCCGUGCCUUUCAACAUCUUGAUCAUCUGCGCACCAUCCGGCACGAUCAUGAUGGAUACAGACCACGGCGGGAAUCUGACACCGACGUUCCAACGUGGUAGUAGCUCGUCAUCCAUCGAUUACAUAUUUGCGUCCCCCACCAUUGCAGCGGGCUGUUCCACUUAUAACAUCGAUUCUUCCCUCGAACACAUGCAUGACGCUGCCCGGUCGUUCUAUACAUCACUCUACUCGCCUGACGACACUGAAGAAGAUUCGAUUUCGUUUUUACUUGAACAUGCUCCCGCUUGA